GCUGCAUUGUGGGUAGUGGUGGGCGCGGUGCAUGGUGGGAAGAGGUGACCCCAGCUCUCAGGUGUUGUGUUGUCGCAGCCGCGCGGGCCGAGAUGCCGGAGCGGGACAAUGAGCCGUUCUCCAACCCUCUGGCCCCAGAUGGCCAUGAUGUGGAUGACUCCCACACCUUCAACCAGUCCAAGCUGACCAAUGAAGACUUUCGAAAGCUUCUCAUGACCCCGCGGGCUGCGCCAACAUCUGCACCACCCUCCAAAUCUCGUCACCAUGAGAUGCCCCGGGAGUACAAUGAAGAUGAAGAUCCAGCUGCUCGCAGAAGAAAGAAGAAAAGCUAUUAUGCAAAGCUGCGUCAACAAGAGAUUGAACGAGAGAGGGAGUUGGCUGAGAAAUACAGGGAUCGAGCAAAGGAGAGAAGAGAUGGUGUUAACAAAGACUAUGAAGAAACUGAACUGAUUAGUACAACUGCCAACUACAGGGCAGUGGGACCCACUGCAGAAGCGGAUAAAUCAGCUGCAGAGAAGAGAAGACAGUUGAUCCAGGAGUCCAAGUUCUUGGGUGGUGACAUGGAGCACACUCACUUGGUGAAAGGUCUGGAUUUUGCGUUGCUGCAGAAGGUGCGUGCUGAGAUUGCCAGCAAAGAGAAGGAAGAGGAGGAGAUGAUGGAGAAACCCCAGAAAGAAACAAAAAAAGAUGAAGAUCCUGAAACUAAAAUUGAAUUCAAGACUCGUUUGGGUCGGAAUAUCUACCGUAUACUGUUCAAGAAUAAAUCAUACGAGCGGAAUGAGCUGUUCCUGCCAGGGAGAAUGGCUUAUGUUGUGGAUCUGGAUGAUGAAUAUGCAGACACAGAUAUUCCAACCACGUUGAUCCGAAGCAAAGCUGACUGCCCCACCAUGGAGGCACAGACCACGCUGACCACAAAUGACAUUGUCAUCAGCAAACUGACUCAGAUUCUUUCCUAUCUGAGGCAGGGUACGCGCAACAAGAAGCUGAAGAAGAAGGACAAAGGAAAGCUAGAUGAGAAAAAACCCCCAGAAGCUGAUAUGAACAUCUUUGAAGACAUUGGUGAUUAUGUGCCAGCCACAGCAAAGGUGCCCCGGGAAAAGGAGCGGGAAAGGUACCGGGAAAGGGAGCGAGAUCGUGAGAGGGAGCGAGAUCGUGAGAGGGAGCGUGAGAGAGAGAGGGAUCGUGACCGUGAUCGUGACAGGGACCGUGACCGGGAAAGGGAAGAAGAAAAGAAGAGACACAGCUAUUUUGAGAAACCCAAAGCUGAUGAUGAGCCCUUGGAUAUUGAUAAAGGGCCAGGCUCAGCCAAGGAGCUGAUUAAAUCUAUCAAUGAGAAGUUUGCUGGAGCAGCUGGCUGGGAAGGAACAGAAUCAUUAAAAAAGCCUGAAGACAAGAAGCAGCUAGGUGACUUCUUUGGGAUGUCGAACAGCUAUGCCGAGUGCUACCCUGCUACAAUGGAUGAUAUGGCUGUGGACAGUGAUGAAGAAGUGGACUACAGCAAAAUGGAUCAGGGAAACAAGAAGGGGCCCCUGGGCCGCUGGGACUUUGACACACAGGAGGAGUACAGCGAGUACAUGAACAACAAGGAGGCCCUGCCCAAAGCUGCUUUCCAGUAUGGAAUUAAGAUGUCCGAGGGUCGUAAAACACGGCGUUUCAAGGAGACAAAUGACAAAGCUGAGCUGGACCGGCAAUGGAAGAAGAUCAGUGCAAUCAUUGAGAAGAGGAAGAAGAUGGAAGCUGAUGGGGUUGAGGUGAAGAGACCAAAGUAUUGAAGUCCCAGUUGAGUUUCUCUGUCUUGUCCUCCAAUCUCUGGAACCUUGAUUCAGUGGACACUUUUUAUUUCCUGUUUUUAUUCAAGUUCUUCCCUUCAGAUUCUUCUUGAAGGCUCUGGACUAGAGCUGCUUUCCUCUCAGCACUCAGCAAGGAACAGGGUAAAUGUGUAUGUGUAGGGGGCAGGGAGACCUUUCUGGGGCCAGUAGACCAUGGGAUUGGUGCAGGCAGUUUGCCCUGGCUGUGUUUCUUCCUCCCACAUCUUUGCUGUGAUUUAUAAUUGAUGUAACUGCAAUAAAAUUGCACUAAAUC